AUGAACACUGAAGAUUGCGCCACUGUCCUCGAGCAGUUUGUGCACGAUGUCGCCAAUCUGCCCGCCGAAAUCACUCAUUUGAUGGAAGAAGUGCAAGCAAAGGACAAAAUCAUCCAGGAAUGUCGGACCACAAUCAACUCGCGUGAUUCCAGCAUCCAGAAAUUCAUCAAACUCAACGGCAGUCUGACGCCCAACCCGAAGGAAGACCAGUACAGCAAAACAAUUCUGCAAAACCUGGACCGAUGCCAGUCUCUCCAGGACGAAAAGAUUCUACUGAGCGAAAAGGCUUGUGUCUUGCUCGACCGACAGAUCAAAAAACUCGACGUCAAAAUCCGCGAUCUCGUCAGCGAAGGGAUCCUGACCAACGACCCGCCACUUCCGUCGCUUUUGGACAAUAAUAAGAAUAACUACGACGAGCUUCCGCCGGUCUUUAUGCGUGACUAUACACCUAGCGAUACGCCGAAUUCGAGCUAUACUCCUCUAAAUCCAACUUCGGGCAAUGCUAUCACCCCGAACACGGUUGCGCACCGGAUCAAUCAAGCUAUCUCUCGUGCCCCUGCUGCAAACCCUCUGGCCACGCAGACUCCCAAUCGUAACUCGGCCCCAUCCACGCCGACUGCUGCAGCUCUACACCUCCAGCAACGGCAGCGAGAAUCGUCCGCUGGCGCUGUCGACAGCAAACGCAGACGACUCAACUCGUCUCUGAGCACUCUACCUGCAGCGCCUUCCAAUCUCCGACAGUCAUCCCUGGGCCCCGGAACCCCCAAGGCUGGUACACCGGUAGCAAGCCGAGCGGGCAGUGCCGGACCACGCGCAGGCAUCGUGACCAAGAAAGCAGCAACCAAAAAGGUCGCCCCGCACCAGCAAAUAAAGAAGAUCAAAGCCAGCAGCAACGGAAAGCUAGUCAAACGAUCAUCCAGUGUUGGAACGAGGGUAAAACAUGCAAACAAAAAGUCCCCUUCUGCGGCUGGCGGUGACGAGGACGAUGAUGAGUCCAUGCUUAGCAGUGCGGACGCCUCCGAGUCCGAAAAUGCCAGCGUUUCUCGCCGCACAACCCGUGGCCCGCCGCUCGAUUCUGAUGACGAGAUGGAAGAUGAUGAGGAUGAGGGUGGCGAAGACACUAAAGUCUAUUGCACUUGUCGCAGUGUGAGCCACGGGGACAUGGUGGCCUGUGACAAUGACAAUUGCCCGUACGAAUGGUUCCAUUGGAAAUGUGUCGGACUUACCAGGGAGCCUUUGGGUACUUGGUACUGCGUUGAAUGCAGGCAGACGUUGGGGAAGUAA